ACCAUUGGCACGAUCUUCACGUUGUUCGGAGUGGUGCUUGUAACCGUCAUCAUCCAUCGACUAUGUUUCCAUCCUCUCCAUCGCGUACCGGGACCGAAGCUCGCAGCAGUUUCGAACACAUGGCACGCAUAUCACGCCCGCAAUGGUCGUAUGAUGAGUCUGGGCCGAACGCUGCAUGCAACCUAUGGCCCAGUCGUCCGAGUCGGACCGAACGAAGUAUGGCUGAACAGCAAAGAAGCAUUCUCCAAGAUCUACAGCGCGACCCAUGGCUUUGAAAAGUCCACCUUCUACAUCGCCUUGGCUUUGAAGAGACCAGAGUUGACUCGCACAUUGAGCCUCAGCUUUCCAGAUACUCUUGACUUGCUCGGAGAAUUUGACAUGGAACGAUAUAGACUUCAGAGGCGCCUUAUCGGACACAUCUACUCCAGACGGAAUCUUCUCAAGUAUGAGGGGACAGUAGACGCGGUUAUGGCUGGCGUCGUGGAACAUCUUCGGACUCUUUUAGGCGCGGAAGUUGACCUGAAAGAGUGGAUGCAUAUCAUUACAGUCGAGUGCCUCAGUGCUAUCGUCCUUUCCUGGUCACCUGGCUAUCUACGCGCAGGCACAGACUUCGGCUCAAGCGGGCACUCCUAUCUAGGCUGGCGCAGAAAAAGUGUAUUCGGUCUCUUCCCAACUGCAGAAAUCAUGGACAAUUAUUCGCGAUCUUUGGGUCGACUAUUUGCAAAGGUAUGGGGGCUGACUUUCACUCCUCCCGCGAACUUCAAGCCUUUCUUCCCUGCUGUCGGUAAUAAAUGCAUGCGCCGAAUCAAUGCAGCACUGAGAUCGAAGCCCCCGAACGAUAAGCGCAGAGACCUGGCUUACGAACUCAUUGAACUCCACAAGAGUAGACCGGAGUUCAAAAGCACGUAUCUCAAACGCAUGGUCAUGACUAAUUUCGGGGCUGGCCACGAGACUACCACAUCGACGUUGAUUGCAGUGCUUUCCAUGCUGGGCUCGCAUGCCGAGGCGCAAGACCAAGUACGAGACGAAGUACAGGACUACGCCAGAAUAGAUUGCUACGCUAAUGCUUGCACCCUGACAUACACUCAAGCUUGCAUCAAGGAAGCGCAGCGCCUGCAUCCAGUCAUCGGGAUGAGCUUGUCCAGAACAGUGCCAGCAAAUGGGACGGAAAUUGACGGCUUCUACUUUCCACCAGGCACGACCGUUGGUUGUAGUCCAGUAGCACUGCAUCAAAAUCCUGAGAUUUUUGGACUCGACGCUAGGGACUUCAGACCGGAUCGAUGGCUGAAGGAGGAUGACGCCAAGAUCAUGGAUCGCUACAAUCUGAUUUGGGGUGGAGGUGCACGAACUUGUCCCGGACGAGCUCUUGCUGAGAUGAUCGUCCAGCGGGUGGUAUCAACGCUCAUCAAAGAGUUCGAAAUCAAGGUCUCUAUGCCUGCCG